CAGCUCCAUCACUCUCCUCAAUUGACCCAUCCACCACACAAACACCUCUAAUCCAUUCCCCCAGAGGGAAAAAAAAAACUAAAUAGUCAAAAUGCCCACCCUCCAAACCAGCACCCUCGCCUUCCUCGGCGGCGGCAACAUGGCAUCAGCCAUCAUCUCGGGACUACUCCGCCAAUCCGUCCCCGCGAGCAACAUCCACGUCUCCGAGCCUUGGGAAGUGAACCGGAACAAGAUCGCCGCGCUAGGCGUGAACGUCACGACAUCCAACACCGAGGCCGCGUCCUCUGCCGACGUCGUCAUCCUGGCCGUGAAGCCGCAAGUCGCGAAGACGGUGUGCGAGGAGCUUCGUCAGGAAUGGACGGCUACGGCAAGAGCGAAGUUCCCGAUUGUGGUGAGCAUUGCGGCGGGGAUUACGUUGGAGAGUUUGCAGAAGUGGUUGAGUGUUGAGGGCGGGAAGGUGGCGCCGGUGGUGAGGGUUAUGCCGAAUACGCCGGCGUUGGUGACGGAGGGGGCGAGUGGUGUGUUUGCUGGCGUGGAAGUUGGGAAGGAGGAUAAGGGGUUGGUGGAGGCGUUGUUGGCGAGUGUUAGUCGGGUUACGGAGUGGGUGGAUAGGGAGGAGUUGUUGGAUGUGGUUACGGGGUUGUCUGGAUCCGGUCCCGCGUAUUUCUUCGCUAUGGUUGAGCAUCUGGUUGCUAGUGCGACGGCUCUUGGUUUGACUAAGGAACAGGCUACGAGACUGGCCGCGCAGACUUGUCUCGGUGCUGGAAAGAUGCUGGUUGAGUCGGAUGAUGAGCCUGCUCAGCUGCGGAAGAACGUUACUAGCCCGAAUGGCACGACGUAUGCCGCGUUGCAGACUUUUGAGAAGCUGAACUUUGCGGAUAUCGUGGAUCAGGCGGUUAAGGCGGCCACGGAUAGAGCUGCGGAGUUGGGUGAAAGCUUGGGAAAGCAGUGAUGUAUGAUACUUGCCAUGAGGUAUUAGUGUAUGUGAGACGAUAUCAAUGCCGUUCUCGGUCUAUUUCGGUGCCAUGAUGGCGUGUAUGUAUCACGCAACGGGUUGUAGGAUACAUCUUGCUAGGCCAUUUCUGCAUGUUGUGCAAGGCAUUACCAGAA